CUACUAUUUGAAGGAAAGAUGAUACCAGUAUAUACUAGACUCUGCUUCAGAAGGAUAUUGACAACUAAAGAGAGUUUUCUACUGUGCAACCAAAGAUAUUCACAGAGCCUCAAGUCGAACCCCAUCCAUCAAGUCUUAGUCUCAACCACAGAUGACAUUUACACAAAUCUAGCUCUUGAAGAAUGGCUGUAUGAAAAGGAGAAUCUGACAGACAAAUCUAUUCUGUUUAUGUGGCAAAACAAACCAUCUGUUGUGAUAGGAAGGCAUCAGAACCCGUGGCUGGAGUGCAAUGUUCCUAGACUCAGGGACUGUGGCAUUGAUUUGGCUCGGAGAAUAAGUGGAGGGGGGUGUGUAUACCACGACUUGGGAAAUCUGAACUGUUCUUUCUUGAAGGCUAAACCUCUGUACAACAGGAGACAAAAUCUAGACCUGGUGGUGAGAGCCAUUACAUCUCGCUGGGAUGUGGAUCUGCAAGUCAAUGUCAGGGAAGACAUUGUGUUAGAGGGCCUCUAUAAGGUGUCAGGAACAGCCUCCAAGCUGGGAAAACACAAUACAUUUCAUCACUUUACUCUACUUCAUGAUGUCAAUGUAGAAAACCUAGAGAUGGCAUUGGAAAGUCCAAUGAAGAUGGGUGUACAAAGCAAAGCCACAGAAAGCACGAGAUCCCACAUAAAAAACCUAUCCGAGUGCGAUUUCACCAUAGAUUUUAUGUCAUUGGUGGAUGUCAUAGGCCACCAGUUCUACAAAGAGGCUGGGGUUCAGGGAGAAAUAGAGUGGAUCAAUCCAAAAGAUGAGUCCUUAUUCCCAGGGGUGUCAGAAAUCAGGAAGCUGGCAGAAGGAUGGGAGUGGAAAUUCGGAAAAACACCUAAAUUUUCUACAAAUAGAACAUUUACCUCAGACAAACUUGGGACCGAGCUGUCUUUGAUCUGUAAUUUUGAGAAAGGAAGGAUACACAAAGCCGAGAUUGUCUGUGACUGUAGUAUACCAAGUGUCAAAGAAUAUACGGACACUCUUCAGAGAGAGCUUUUAGGACAAAGACUGUGUAGGGAAGAUUUGAACCAAGUAUUAAAGGUGCAUGAUUUAUCUCACCUUGUCAGACAUGAACAGCUGGUGAUAGAAUGGAUAAAUCAGUGCUGUGUACAAGCUCUUUGUACUGGAGUCUAGUGAUAUUUAUGUUUAAUUUUGCUUGUUUUUAAACUGAUGUCUUUCAAUAAAAAAAUUUUAAUCAGGAAAAAUAACAAUUUUCAAUCGAUGAAUAAAUACGUUUUAUGAUAUAUACACAUCGGAAUACAGAAAAACAGGAUAAUAGUAACAGACUAUAAACAAAUUUAUGCUUAUAGUGAGGUCAGUUUCACAUCUAAUUAUUACAGUAUACAUGUAUGUAUUUGUAAUAUGAUUUACAAAUGUAUGUAUAGGACAAAAUCAAGCCCUUCAGUGUACGUAUUUUACUGUAUGUUAUAAUAAAGGAGCAUUCAAAAUAUUUACUAAAAUGUUUAGAUAAUAAUAAUGUUCUGUAUGCAAACAUUCUUCCAGGUUUCAUAGUUUUCAUUUCAAUAUUAAGGCAUACAGACCCACAGCAAAAAUUUCUUUUAAAAAUUAUGUGAAGUUUUUUACUUUUUACUGCUUUUUUACCUUAUAUAUCCAAGAUAUUAAAAACUUAUCACUAGUUACCUGAAAACACAUAACACCAACAUGAAUUUGAUUCACGCUUUUUAUUCAGUUUCAAUUUCAGUAAAUACAUGUAAUUUCAAAGUAUACAACAAUUUCAUUGACUUUGGGACUAAAACUGUUAUCCCAGACAAGCUGAGUGGGUCAUGUUAAAAAAAAUUGUAUCUAAAAAUGAUUUAAAAAUCAAAAAUUAUCACAAAAAAAUUCUUGAAAGAGCAGUGUCAAAAUAUCUUUGCAAAUCAGUACGUUUUGACUGUCAAUAUUUCCAUAUUCAAUGAUGAUGUUUAUAAAAUAUUCAAAUCAUGAUUCACUGCAAUUUAAUUUUCACACUUUUAU